ACGAAAGUGGAAUUCCGCUGGGGAAACGAGACUCGGAGCCGACGAGUUUAAGACUCAGAGACUUUUCGAACGAAUUUCCAUAUCAUUAGAAGAAGAAAAGGCAUUCCAAUUUUGACCAAUUAAACGUCUAAUUUUUUCCGAUCGUUUUCGAGUUUCUCGAUUGGCGUUUAUCUUUUAUGAAACGGAUUUAAUCUCAUCGAUUAUUAUCCAAAUCUCGUUUCAUCCAUACUCGCCGCGGAAUUCUUAAACCACCACCGUCUUCUUCAACCACAAUCGUUUUCGAUCCAAGUGAAGGCCAAUUGCUCUGUUCGUGCUGUCUGAGAUUAUCGGAUGGCUUCCUUAGGAAUUCGAUGUGGAGGAAAUUGCGGUGUAUUGGACCGUCCGUAUGUCAAUGUUCACGACGGAUGUUGUGAUCAGAAGGCCGGUCCUCGCUCUUUGGUGGUUCCUACCGGAAGCGGCGCGAGAUGGAGGAGAUCGAGGAGAUUCGUAUCGGCGAUGACGAGUUUGCAGCCGGUGAAUAGGCGAGGUAACGGCAAUGAGGUUAUUUCGCGCGAUAAACUCGAUGAAUGGAUGAAGGAAUCGGUUGUUGAUAUUGUCAAGAAUCUUCGAGAAGCGCCUCUGUUCUUGCGGUUUUACACGACGGAGGACGGUGAGGCGGCGAGAUUCGAGACGGAGAAGGCGGUGGAGGAGAAGCGUUGGCCGGUUUUGGAGGAACAGUGGAAGAACGGAGCGGCUCCGAUGCCGGAAGGCAUCUUGUUCGUUCAAGAGCUAGAAGACGACGAUUACGACGAGGACGCUGACGGCGGCGGCGGCAAUGGAAGCAAUAUCGCCGGCGAAUCGAAGGCGUGGGGAAUCGUAAUACAAGGAAGAGGCGUAGAACGUGGAGGGCCGGUGUGUUACUUGUUGAAGACGAGUAGUGCGGCGGGGUUGGGACUGUGGUGCACGCAUUUCUGUCUGGUUAGGGUUAAGAAUUUCAGAGAGACGACCAAAUCGCAGCUCGAGAAUUGCUGGUUGCUGCAGAAUCAGUAAGACGUAGAUAAUGCCGAUUGAAUUGUGAAGUAUAAUUACACUCAUAAUCUCGAUUAAAAUUCAAUACUAAAAGACUCUGUGAAUUAAUGAUUCGUAGCA